UAUCUGUGCUCUGAAACGGAAACCGGAAGUGCGGUGUUUGUUGUUGUUGCUUGAUGCGCUUCCAUUUGUCGCUUUUACAUGUUUAGUUUCACACUUUUUUAAUCUUUUUUGUCAUCUCUUUCUGUUUCUAAGAAGCUCGUUGAACCCUCUGAGCUUCAGUUCGCGGCACUAACUAACUGUUAUUCACAGCUUUUAACCGUCCCAGCGGUUUGUCGGCGUUUGACGCCGGAGCGGGAAGUUUGAAAGAGGCUAGCUGAGGUUAGCAUGCUAACGACCAAAACAAGUUAAAUUAAAACGGAAUCAUGUUUGACAUAACAUGUCAUUGGAAAGUGAUGUUGUCAGAGUCCUGGACUUUACCGCUGUGAUCGAGGACUUUGCCACCAGGAAGAAGACGGUUUAAAGCUCAUAAACCAGUGGGAGCUGACCUGAGAGCCUGUCUGUAGCGCCACCUGCCUCUGGCCACCUGUCACUGCUACAGCUGCUGGUGCCACGAUGUCCCUGAUAAGAUGAUUCUCAAACAAAUCAGAUACACGUUCCUGUGGGUAAUGUCGCACAAUUAACUGUUCAUCUGACCCAUAUAAUGUUAACUGAUCACUUAAAUGAGGAUACAUAUUCAGAAAACUGUAACGUUGCCGGCUUCAUCUAUGUGUUAUCAAGUUAUAGAUUUGUGUCAUUCAGGCAGGUUUUAGUGUUGUAAAUGUUCUUUAAGGCUUUAUUUUAUUUAUGUUACAGGAGUUUGUAACCAUAUUAGACCAAAUAAUGACACCAGUGAAGAGAAUAACACAACAGUAAGAUAACAAAUAACACUAAAACUGGGUCAAAACAACAUGAAGCCAGUCUUACUGGUGAUAUAUGGACCCAAACUGGGUCCCAGUGUAACUCAGUGAUGUUCCUGUUGUUGGAGGUGUGAUGCUGAUUGUUAAAACACAGAUAGAAGCAGCUGAUGUAGGUCUACCUGUGUGUACUACCGUCGCAUGGCCACUGAGAGGCGCACUGGUGUUAUUUCUCCACGUCUGUGUAACUCAGACAAUGCCCCUUGCUUUUACUUCGACAGUGAGAACAGGAAGUGUGUGUUGAUGGUUGGUGCCUGUGUGUGUGUGGACGCUGCUCCUGCUCCUGCUCGCGCAGCCUCCUCCGGUCGUCGUCAUGGUGCAGAUGAUGGAGUCGCAGUGCGAGUAUUUCAUGUAUUUCCCGGCGGUGCCCAUCACGGAUCUGUCGGACCCGGCCCGCUACCGCACUCUGCCCCGCCGGAGCCACCUCUACCUGGGGGAGACCGUCCGCUUCCUCCUGGUGCUGCGCUGCAAGGACGCGGGGGCGACGCCGACCGAGCACGGCCCCGGGGGCAGUGACGGCAUCGCAGCAGGCUUUGGGACGGAGUCGGCCAGUAGCCGGGCGUGGAGGGAGUUGGCCGGCUCUCUGUGCGCCGUGGCCAGCGUGAGUCCAGGCGAGAGCAGCCGUCACCGAGGCAACCAGCAUCACCAUGACUACCAGAGCAGCGGGGACGAAGCCAACGAGGAAGGCGAGGAGGACUACAUCGCGGCAGCGGAGGCGGCCAUCGCGGCACUCGGCAGCAGAGUGGACUCCCGGUGUCGGAGCUUCAGGGACUGCAAGCCGCUGCUCAUACACAACUCAUCUGGGACGGCGGCAAGGGAGUUCCGCAGGGCACCUGUUCAGUCUCCUCUGGACGAGCCGGUGGUGUUGACGGAUGAAGUGAUCUUCCCUCUCACGGUGUCUCUGGACAAACUCCCCGUCAGCACCCUAAAAGUCAAGGUGAUGGUCACGGUGUGGAAGAGGGAGGCGGAGAAAGUGGAGGUGCAGGAGCUCGGCUACCUGAGUGUCCUGCAGCAACGAGAGCCGACACACACUUUCAGACACGACCUGAAUACCUUCAAGGCUCAAGUGAGCACCACUCUGACCGUCCUGCCGCCUCCCACCGUCCGCUGUAAGCAGAUGACGGUCUCCGGGAGGCACCUCGCUGUCCUCAAAGUGCUGAAUGAGUCGUCUCAGGAGGAAGUGAGUAUUCGGGAUGUUCGCGUUUUACCAAACCUCAACGCCUCCUACCUUCCCAUGAUGCCAGACGGCUCCGUGCUGCUGGUGGACAACGUGUGCCACCAGUCAGGUGAGGUCGGCAUGGCGUCUUUCUGCAGAGUGGACAGUCUGGCCUGCCGCCUUCCCAGCAUGCUCAGCGCUUUGGAGGAGCACGACUUUCUGUUCCAGCUGCACCUUAACGACAUGCCGCAGGACGACUCCAACGAGGGGUUAGAGGUUCCCCUGGUCGCUGUGCUGCAGUGGUCAACUCCCAAGAUGCCUUUCACCAACUGUAUCUACACUCACUACAGGUUGCCCAGUAUCCGUCUGGACCGGCCGCGGUUCGUGAUGACGGCCAGCUGCCCGAGCACCGUCAGGGUGAAGGAACACUUCAAGGUGAAAUACGUUCUGCUCAACAACCUGCAGGACUUCCUGGCUGUACGGCUCGUCUGGACUCCAGAGGGUCGUGGUCAGGGCGAGGACACAGCGCUGGCAGCUGUGGUCUGUCACACUCCUCUCAGUAACCUCGGUCACUGUCGGAAAGGAAGCACUCUGUCCUUCAGCGUGGCCUUCCAGAUCCUCAAACCAGGACUGUACGAGCUGAGUCAGCACAUGAAGUUGAAGCUGCAGUUCACAGCUUCAGUCUCUAACCCUCCGCCUGACGCCCGGCCGCUGUCACGUAAAAACAGCCCGUCCAGCCCGGCGGUUCGAGACCUGCUGGACCGACACCAGGCCAGUCUGGGUCGAUCUCAGUCCUUCUCCCACCAGCAGCCGUCUCGCUCCCACAUCAUGAGGACGGGCAGUGCCAUGGAGCGGCGCGCCAUCACUCCCCCCGUCGGCUCUCCGGUCGGUCGGCCGCUCUACCUGCCGCCGCAGGACAAAACGCUGCUGUCGCUCGACAAGAUCGCCAAGAGAGAGUGUAAAGUCCUGGUGGUGGAUCCUGUCUGCUAGGGAGCGAGGGAGAGAUGAAAGAA